AUGGCACUAACACUUCAGAAAUUUCUGAUUAUAAUUCUCUCGGAGAUUCUUGUUGCUGUCCUUGUUGCUUUGAUUUUUGCAUUUCUAUUCUGGCAGAGGUGUCGGCUAAGACCGACCCAGAGGUGUGCAGCUUCGUCGGAUGCACUGCGUCCGCAAAGGUGGGCCCAAAGGUUCACUCACAACCAGGUGAAGACCGCAACCAGCAAUUUCAGACAUAAGUUGGGGAGCGGCGGAUUCGGCACAGUGUUCAAAGGAACUCUACCAGACGGUACGCUUGUAGCCGUAAAGAAACUGGAGAGUUCAAAGCAAUGUGAAAAGCAAUUCCGAGCGGAAAUCAACUCUGUGGGAAUCAUAAAUCAUGCGAAUUUGGUGAGGCUUAGAGGAUUUUGUGCACAAGGAUCGCGAAGGUUACUGGUUUAUGAUUACAUGCCCAACGGCUCUCUAAAUUCUUUUCUUUUCACCAAUAAUUCGAAACACCAAUCGAAGAUACUGGAUUGGAGAACCCGAUUUGAGAUUGCAUUGGGUACUGCAAGAGGAUUACUUUAUCUCCAUGAGCAAUGCAGCGAUCGCAUCAUUCACGGCGACAUAAAGCCCGAAAACAUUCUGCUAGAUAAGGAUUUUACUCCCAAGUUGGGGGAUUUUGGCUUAGCAAAGCUUGUGGGUAGAGAUUUCAGCAAGGUGGUAACUGCUACGAGAGGAACGAGAGGAUACUUGGCUCCUGAAUGGCUCUCUGGCCUUCCCAUUACUCCCAAGGUUGAUGUCUACAGUUUCGGCAUGACUCUCUUGGAAAUUAUAUCUGGCCGGAGAAAUCUGGACCUAAAUGUGCAAGAAUCAAGUAGGUACUACUUUCCAGCCUGGGUUAAAGAGCAAAUUUGUGAGAGAAACAUGAUAAAUAUUGUGGAUAAAAGGAUUGCAAGUGAUGCAGAUGUGGAAGAGGUGAGAAGAUCUGCCCUGGUAAGUUUGUUAUGCAUUCAAAAUGAUGAGAAGGCCAGACCGAACAUGGCACAAGUGGUGCUGAUGCUUCAAGGUAAGACAGAGCCUCACGCCUCACAGAUUCCAAGCGUGACCAACCAGCGAGUAGAAGACCGACGGAACACUGAUGGCGAUGGCGAUUAUAGCGAUACCGAUUGCAUUGUUUGA